CACGUCAAAUUAAUUUCUGUUGUUACACAAUUUUGUUCAAUCAUCCAAAUUUUAAGUAGGAAUUUUAUUAAAUUUUUUAUAAUGUGUGAAAAUUUGAGCCCAAGCCGCAUCAGGUGUGAAGCAUGCCGUACCAUCAACCUGGCUAAGCAUCUGAACCAACCAAAACCAAACAUGCAGGUCUAUGACAAGUGUAGUCCGACACAAAGGGUCGCCUGUCCCCAAGUUCCAGAACUUCCCUUACAACCUACUUGUAUCAAAGUAUGCACAAAAGAAGAAUACCGAGCUAAGACUUGCCCAGGCCUGUAUGGACCGAAAAAAGUUCCUUUGACGUAUCCCCACGGAAAGCUUAUGUAUGGCGUCAAAGCUGGUAUCCUGUUAGGAGCUGUCUAUUUUACAUACUCGCAAGGAAUAUGGGGUGACCAGCAAGAUGUCACGGAGUGUCUUUGCCGUUGGCAAGAAUACAUACGUAGCAUUAACACUAGAAGGCCGCCCGUAUUCGACGAAUUUGGUAAUGUUAUUAGAAAAGAGGCUACGGAGAGUAUACUUGCUCCAGCGUACUCCAUCUAUAAGACGAUUGUUACUACCUGCUUUGCCGGUGUCGUGAAGGUGCCAGUGCUUAUGAAGUGUGCUUAUGUUGAUUAUUUGAAAGCUCUUAAGAAGAAACAGGAGCACGACGACCGGGAGAGGAAAAUUAGGAAGAAGAGCGUUGCCUAGAUGACGUCACAAACUAUAAAGUAAGCAACGAUUAGUUCAGGCGUCACUUUGUGAAGUUCACUCUUUGUACAAUGUAUUUAAAUAUACUGCCCGGUUACAUUAUCUUUGGACCUAACAUCGAUGACGUCACAUCGUCGCUUUGGUACGGUGCGCAAAACAAGUUCGGAUAUUUCUACCAAUAAAUAAAGUACGAUUUA